AUGGUGGUUGUACAAGUGAGCUCUACUGUCGUGUUCCAUGAAUAUGCUCCGGAAAUGACUUCCAAGACCAGUGGGCAUCUCCAAACUGCAUAUGCAGUGGUCGGCGACUUUUCGAAGAUAGAUAAAGUAGAGUAUGAUAGAACGUUUCUCCGCACUCUAGACGGCGGUACAAUAGGAUUAGACGUCACUCCCCCGGCAAAUGAACGGAUAUUACGCGAUGAUACCCCGAUUCUAAUUGUUCUACAUGGAUUAACAGGAGGCUCACAUGAAUCAUAUGUGCGCGCUGUAUUGGCACCGGCUUGCACACCAGUCGAAAACGGUGGCCUGGGAUAUCGAGGGAUUGUUGUAAACUCUCGAGGCUGCGCUGGUGUACCGGUUACGAGUCCUCAGCUUUAUUCCGCAGGCCAUACGGAUGAUAUACGUGUUGCUGUAUUAUAUAUUGCAAAGCGCUACCCAGAAGCUCGCCUACUGGGAAUCGGCUUUUCCCUGGGAGCAAAUAUUCUAACGAGAUAUUUGGCAGAAGAGGGUAAGCACAGCCGCCUUGCCGCCGGCUGCGCUGUUGCUUGCCCUUGGGACUUAACAAAGAAUGCAGAACAGUUAGAGAAUAAAUGGUUCCACAGGAAUAUCUAUUCGAAAGCGAUGGCUCGCAAUCUCCAAAGGCUGACGGCGCGCCAUGCAUCCUCGUUGGCGACAUUUGUUGAGAAUCCUCUGCCUCAGAUUCUUAACAAAGUUUUGCAAUCAAAGUCGAUAACACUUUCCCAGUUUGAUGGUGCUAUCACUCGUAUCGCCGGAGGUUCUUCUCCUCCCUUUCCCUUUGAAACAGCUUGGGAUUAUUACGCUUGGGGAUCAAGCCACGAAGUACUCGCCAAUAUUCGGGUACCAUUUUUGGCUCUGAACUCGGAAGACGAUCCUGUUGUACAAGUACUGCCCUAUGAGGCUGGUGGAAGUCCAUGGGUGGCGUUUGCGAUCACCGAGAGGGGUGGACACCUCGGGUGGUUCGAGCAAUCUAGAGAAGGACAAAUUCGGCGGUGGGUCAGAAAACCGGUGUUGGAAUGGUUAAGAGCGGCUGGUGAAGAUCUGGCUGUGGGUGAUGAAGAUGUGAGACCAAUAAUCGACGUCGACGGGUUUCUGCGGGAAUCUGGGCGAGAAGGCAUCGGGUGUCAAAUGAUUGAGGGUAGUGAGCAUAUUAUCGGAGUUGAAGGAGAAGGGGGUCUGUUAGCGGGACUGUGA